GGAGGGCUGGUGACUCAGGCGCGAAGGAGCGAGCCAGCCGGGGACAGGCCGGCCCUGCCGCGCAGUAUUCCUGGCUCCUCCGCGCGGGUGUCGGCGCUGUCACCGGCGGGCAGGCGAAUUUCCAGCGAGGUAUGGAGAGGCCGGCGCCCCUGGCCGUGCUGCCCUUCUCGGACCCGGCGCACGCCCUGAGCCUGCUCCGGGGGCUGAGCCAGCUGCGCGCCGAGCGCAAGUUCCUGGACGUGACCCUGGAGGCGGCGGGCGGGCGCGACUUCCCCGCGCACCGGGCCGUGCUGGCGGCGGCCAGCCCCUACUUCCGGGCCAUGUUCGCGGGCCAGCUGCGGGAGAGCCGCGCCGAGCGGGUGCGGCUGCACGGCGUGCCGCCCGACAUGCUGCAGCUGCUGCUGGACUUCAGCUACACGGGCCGCGUGGCGGUGAGCGGCGACAACGCGGAGCCGCUGCUGCGCGCCGCCGACCUGCUGCAGUUCCCGGCCGUGAAGGAGGCGUGCGGGGCCUUCCUGCAGCAGCAGCUCGACCUGGCCAACUGCCUGGACAUGCAGGACUUCGCCGAGGCCUUUAGCUGCGCGGGGCUGGCGGGCGCGGCGCAGCGCUUCAUCCUGCGCCACGUGGGCGAGCUGGGCGCCGAGCAGCUGGAGCGCUUGCCCCUGGCGCGCCUGCUGCGCUACCUGCGCGACGACGGGCUCUGCGUGCCCAAGGAGGAGGCCGCCUACCAGCUGGCGCUGCGCUGGGUGCGGGCCGACCUGCCGCGCCGCGCCGCGCACUGGCCGCAGCUGCUGGAGGCCGUGCGCCUGCCCUUCGUGCGCCGCUUCUACCUGCUGGCGCACGUGGAGGCCGAGCCGCUGGUGGCGCGCUGCCCGCCCUGCCUGCGCCUGCUGCGCGAGGCCCGCGACUUCCAGGCGGCGCGCUACGACCGCCACGAUCGCGGGCCCUGCCCCCGCAUGCGCCCGCGCCCCUCCACCGGCCUGGCCGAGAUCCUGGUGCUCGUGGGCGGCUGCGACCAGGACUGCGACGAGCUGGUCACCGUGGACUGCUACAACCCGCAGACCGGCCAGUGGCGCUACCUGGCCGAGUUCCCCGACCACCUGGGCGGCGGCUACAGCAUCGUGGCGCUGGGCAACGACAUCUACGUCACGGGAGGCUCGGACGGCUCGCGGCUCUACGACUGCGUCUGGAGGUACAACUCGAGCGUGAACGAGUGGACCGAGGUGUCGCCCAUGCUGAAGGCCCGCGAGUACCACAGCUCCUCGGUGCUGGACGGGCUGCUGUACGUGGUUGCCUCGGACAGCACAGAGCGCUACGAUCACACCAGCGACACCUGGGAGGCGCUGCAGCCCAUGCCCUACCCCAUGGACAACUGCUCCACCACCGCCUGCCGGGGCAAGCUCUUCGCCAUCGGCUCGCUGGCCGGCAAGGAGACCAUGGUGAUCCAGUGCUACGACCCAGACUCUGACCUCUGGUCCCUGGUCAACUGCGGGCAGCUGCCGCCCUGGUCCUUCGCGCCCAAGACCGUGACCUUGAACGGACUCAUGUACUUUGUGAGAGAUGAUUCUGCUGAAGUCGAUGUGUAUGACCCCAUCAAGAACGAAUGGGAUAAGAUCCCGUCUAUGAACCAGGUCCACGUGGGAGGCAGCCUGGCGGUCCUGGGGGGCAAGCUCUAUGUGUCAGGGGGCUAUGACAACACAUUCGAGCUCUCAGACGUGGUGGAGGCCUUCGACCCGGAGACGCGGGCCUGGAGUGUGGUGGGGCGCCUCCCGGAGCCCACCUUCUGGCACGGCAGCGUUAGCAUCUUCCGCCAGUUCAUGCCUCAGACUACAUCAAACGGGCAUGGCUUUGACCUGGACAAUGCCAGUGACUCAAAUUGGAACCGGUCCCGGCAGCGCCUCCAGAACCAGAACCAGAACCUGAAUGAGCUCCGUUAGCCCCAGCUGCCCCUGGGCCUCCAUGAGGGACAUGGUCGGGGGAGGAGCAGAGAGAGGGCCCCGUGACAGGUGGCGGGCGUGCCGAAGAGCACUGGGACCCCACUGGGGGCUCCUGCCAGCCCAAGCAGAGGGUGCCCAAGCUCCCUUCCUUUUGACCUGGGGGAGAGACCCCACCUCCACAUACACCACUGGCUUCUGAGGCCAGAUCCUUGUCCUUUGUGCCUCCUCCGUGCUGGGGUCCUCCCCCCAGAGCUCCCAUCCACAAGCAGCUGCCGUCCUGGAGGCCUCUCCUGGGGGCUCCGAGACUGGCGCUUUCUGCGCAGGCCGCCCAUGCUGAGGGGUCUCUGUGCUGACCUUCAAGAUGGCGAGGCUGGGGGCUUUUUGGGAGCCCCACUCCUCAGAUGGGCCAGGGACCCCCAAAUUUUGCUCUGUGGUGGUUCAGCUCCCGGCGAGUCCAGCCAAAGCUGUUUGUGAAGUGGACCCCCGGGUCCUGGGGGGUAAAAGCAUCUUGUAAAAACACAGCUUUCCCCCCACCCCUGGGGCCACUUGUGUGUACUCUGCUCAGGGUUAGAAUGGAGGAAGAUGCUCUGGGGUGACUGGGCCUGGGCGGCCUCCUCCCUCUCACUGGGGGAGGAGCCAAGCUCUGGCCCUGGGGGAUGCUCAGAGUGGGGGGCCACCUGCCCCAACACUCCCUUCUUAUGUGGGGGUCGGGAGUCUCCAAGGCCCUUCCCACCCACCAAGAGUCCCAAUUGACUCUUCCCAUUGGAUUUAUUUCAAGAGCGAUGCUCCUGUGGAGAGCAACGUGGGGGAGAGGCCUUAGGGACAUGGGGCUGGUCACAGAGCCCAUAGGGCUGGGAUCUCAGUCCCCCUCAGAUUCUUGCUGGCUGGGUGGGCCCUUGCUCUCCCACUGCCCAGAGCAGCCUGCCUGCUCUAGAACAGAGGGGGGUCUUCUCCCCAGGAGCUUGGAUGAUGAUGAUUUAAAACUCUCUGAAAACCUGAACAUUUCCCUUGGUGUUUUUGCCUUGGGCGGGACCCCGCCUUCGCCAUACUACGCCCUGCAGGGAAUACUUGUGAGACUGACAAUCAGCCCUUGAGGUUAAGAUGAUUUUUUUAAGUUAAGCUAAAUCACCCCAAGUUCUGAGCCCCCUCUGAGGGGUUCAGCACUCAGAGGGCAACGCCCUCUGUGUUGUGUCUUGCACUAAGUUAACUGGCUGUGCCUGCUGCACAGGAUCAAUAGGGACUGGUCAGGAUCCCCGGUGGAGAAGGUCCCUGAGAGGACAGUGACAUUUGGAGGGGACGCUUGCCAUCUGCAGAGCCUUUGGAGAAAGGGGGUGACCUUGUAGGUUGGGGAGGGGGACAAGAUGCUUGAUUUAAAAUCACAAAGGCCCCAAGUCCCAGCCCUGCCCAAGCUGGGAAAGUCACUUAAGGUCCCUUUGCCUCCACAUGGCUUUUCUGAAGCCCCCUGCAGCUCAAGCUGUGAUCCCCAGGUGACAGCAAUGCUUCUCCCCAGGAGCCAGUGUUCCCCAUCCCCUGCUUCUGGGCUCUGAGCCCCAAAUUGGGACACGUCGGUCGCUUUUUGGUAUUUCUUACUAUGAGAAGCAUCCAUCUGCCCGAGUCAGCUCAACUGUCUGAACUGUCCUGGACACCAAUAGUCCUGAAAGAAGCAGUCGCGGGAGGAUGCACCCCGUGGAUCACCUGUACAAGAGCUUGGCACCUUAAAACACUGGGCUGUUCCUGCCCUGGGGAUCCCCGUCGCCCCCAGGGCCACCUCUCCCCCACUGGCUCUUUGCCCCCCACCCAAGCCCCGGCUGUAGUCACACACUUGAACCCCGAGUUUCCCCAUAACCCCGACCUGCCUCUUUCCCUUUCCGGGAUUAGCACUGAUGAUAAGCUGGUGGUUUGUGCCUGUCGAGUGUCUGUGUGUCCGUGUGUGUGUGUGUGGUGUCUGUACUGAACUGAACUUGCCUUACAGGACAAACGCCGAAUGUCGGACUCUUACAGAGUCUCUCUAUUUAUAUGGAUCCUCUAGACUUGCUCACGGCCGUGUGAGAUGCGGAACCAAGGGCCGACGUGGGUUUGUGUAUUUAUUUUGUUUACUGGGUCAGACUUCCAUGGCCCAAGUCAUGGGUGAGGGAUCCAUCGCAUACUUUUUUGAAAUAAAGACAUUUCCUAUACGUUCAGA